GACAGAACUGAAACAAUGCAGCAGUUUCCUAGUGCAAGUUGGUUAUGUAAACCUGUAGCUUUUUAAUACGCAGCUUCACUUUGUAAACCUAGACAAUAUUGCUACUUUUCACAUUUCUGCAAUUUCAAAUGUGAGUUAAUGAACAAUACGAAGACUGGGAAUCACUUUAGCAGGAAUUUGAGAUGGCAAUGUCAAAACAAGGCAAAAGGCGGAGAGAACUGACGAGCUACUGUGACUGGAUGUCACAACUACCACCUGAACUUCACAACAGGUCUCUCUUCAUGCUGGCCAUACCAGGUAGCCACGACUCAAUGAGCUAUGACUUGGACAUCAACUCCUCCAUAUUAGAGCCUGCUAGACUGAAAAUAUUAAGCCAGAUUUGUUGUGCCCGUCUAAUAGAGAACAGAUGGGCGGUCACUCAGGAGGAGACCAUAACACAGCAACUGGAUGCUGGUGUUCGUUACUUUGACAUGAGGAUUGCUCGCAAGCCAAAUGACACCAACCCCACCAGGCUUUUCUUUUAUCAUGGCCUGUACACACGCACUGAUGUGGAGGUUUUUUUGUAUGUGGCUUGAACUUGACACUACCAGAUGAUGUGAGGAUCCUCAGGUACAUCCUUCGCCUUUGUGGCAACCUUAAAAAGGUCAUACAACGGAGUCUGCCAAAGCUGCUGCAGUGGGUGAAAGAGCAAGCAGACAGAACGCCUAUCAACAUAGUGGCCUCAGA